AUGCUCUAUGAAGGCCGAUGUGCUAUGACCGAAUUUCCUCCAGACAGAUUCAAUAUAGAUGCAUUCUAUGAUAAGGAGAACUCAGGCACUGGAACCCUACCCCUUCGAGGCGGUCAUUUUUUAAAGGAGGAUCUAGGCGCAUUUGAUGCCCCUUUUUUCUCUGUCACGCCUGCUGAGGCUGUUGCGAUGGAUCCGCAACAACGCAUAAUGUUAGAGACGUCUUAUCACGCUCUAGAAAAUGCGGGUCUCACUAUCGACAAGUGCUCAGGAAGUAAGACUUCAGUUUACACUGCAACUUUUACGGACGAUUACAAGAGUAUGUUACAGCAGGAGACCGAACAACUCCCAAAGUAUGCAGCCACGGGACUGUCCGGAUCGAUGUUGGCGAACCGCGUCAGCUGGUUUUUCAAUUUGCGCGGUCCUAGCAUGAAUCUAGACUCUGCUUGUUCUAGCAGUUUGAGCGCUUUACAUAUUGCUUGUCAGGAUUUACUAAAUGGUACAUCAAAAAUGGCCCUUGUUGGUGGAUGCAAUCUGGUCUUUCAUCCGGAUUUCAUGCUAAUUAUGUCAAAUAUGAGUUUCAUGUCUCCUGACAGCCGAUGCUGGAGUUUUGACCAUAGAGCAAAUGGCUAUGCUAGAGGCGAUGGCUUUGGUGUUGUGGUUUUGAAGAAAUUAUCAGAUGCGCUGCAGGAUGGAGAUACCAUAAGAGCUGUCAUACGUGCUACUGGGUUGAAUCAGGAUGGUAGAACGACUGGCGGAAUCACACAGCCGAAUGGAGAGGCCCAACAGUUAUUGAUAAACGAGACUUUUACAAGGGCAAACCUUGACAUGGCACCAGUAAGAUUUUUUGAAGCACAUGGGACAGGAACAGCCCUUGGUGAUCCCACCGAAGCAAAAGCGAUUGGAAAUUCUUUUCGGUCAUUCCGCUCAGCCGAGGAGCCACUGAUUGUUGGUGCCGUCAAAUCCAAUAUUGGUCACUUGGAAGGUGGUAGUGGCAUUGCAGGUCUCAUCAAAACUGUGAUGAUACUAGAAAGGGGUAUUAUUCUGCCCAAUACUGGGCUCGAACAGGUCAAUCCCAGGAUCGAUACCCAAAAUCUUCGCAUUCACUUUCCUACUCGUCCAAUGCAAUGGCCUAGUUUGGGACUUCGUCGUGCUUGUGUGAGUAGCACCUCUUCCUUGGACACCAAUCUAACUAUAUACAAGGUUAACUCGUUUGGAUUCGGCGGCUCUAAUGCCGUUGUGAUAGUCGAUGAUGCUUUGCACUUCUUGAAAGCCCAUAGGCUCCACGGUCAUCAUCGUACUAUAGACCUUUGCCUGCAAAAGUCAAUUGGUGAAAUGAAUGGGACGAAAGAGACGAACGGCUUCUACAAACCUGUCGAACAGAAGUCCGAAAGAGAC